AGUGUCUGGAGAGGAGUGUUAGCAUCCAUUUGUAGCACAACUAGCCACAGCUUCAGCUGUAGAGCCCAGAGACUUGGGUUUUCCGGUUUCUGGAAACUCGGUCAGAGUGAGAGCUCUGCCUGCCGCUGCUCCUCCCCGGUGUGAGGGCAGUUUGUUGUGAGCUCGUCGCUCUGAUAAUCAGAUCCGCAUGAAGCUGGAGCUGCUCGGUUUGGGUCCUCUCUGUGUGUCCGGAGGGAAGUUUGGAAAGAAACGAGACAAGAAGAAAAACUCUGACGGUUAAACCUUCCUACUUUACUCCCCCCCCCCCCUGACCCGGUGGACCGAGUACAGCGGACAAGAACCGGGACUGUGUCGGUUAAACUGAGCCGUGUAGCGGUGCGAGCUGGAGUUUAACACACAUUUUCCCUCUCCGUUUGUUCGCCGAUGGAAGCGGAAAAACCGCCCUGUUCUCUGAGAUGCUGCCAGUGAAACUACUGCGCUAUCAACAGUGUCACCCAGCCGGAGGCCUGAGGAUUUAAAAUUAAACUUCCCAGGAUCCUGAGCUUUCACACCACAGAUUUUUCAGUUUGUUUCUAACUCAGAGAUGCCCGUCAGUGAGAGGAAACCUUUCUCAUUGGAUUUUAGUGGUGAGAAAUGUGAGAGAGGGCAGAAAACGCUAGGCUGACGAACAAACAAAAGCGUUUUUUGGAUGUCGUUCACCUUCACUGCCUUUCUCCUGCCCGGACAACGUCACAGAUAGCAGAGCCAAUGUCGGCCGACAAUAGCCCGCCCCCGCCUCUGGCUUCGCCGCGGUCUUUCCCCGUCCUCCCUCAGCACGCUGCCCCGCCCACCCCGUCGCCGUCCCCGAGCCCACCGGCCACCCUUUGCAGCCGGCUGUCCAACGGCAGCCAGACUGCCCCCAGCCCCACAAACUCGCGAGGAUCCUCCAUCCAUGGAGUCUCCUUCUUGCUUCAGAUCGGACUCACCAGGGAGACAGUCACCCUGGAUCCUGGAGACCACUCGCUGUCUGCUGUCCGGGAGCUCGUCUGCUCCAUCGUGGAUCAGAAGUUCCCUGAAUGUGGAUUUUUCGGGAUGUACGACAAGAUCCUGCUCUUUCGCCACGACCUGAGUUCAGACAACAUUCUGCAGCGUCUAGCCUCAGCAGAGGAGAUUCAUGAAGGGGAUCUGGUGGAGGUGGUGCUCUCUGCUCUGGCUACAGCCGAGGACUUCCAGAUCCGACCUCACACGCUGUACGUUCACUCCUACAAGGCGCCAGCCUUCUGCGAUGACUGUGGGGAGAUGCUAUGGGGGCUCGUCAGACAGGGCCUCAAGUGUGAAGGAUGUGGACUGAACUACCACAAACGGUGUGCGUUCAAGAUCCCCAACAACUGUAGCGGGGUCAAGAAGAGACGGCUGUCCAACGUCUCGCUGCCAGGCUCCGCAAUGUCCAUUGUUCGUCCACCGUCCACUGAGUUCACCCCGACACCACAGGAGGAGCGCCCCCUCCUGGGCGCCGGGAAACGCAAUUCCCUGCUGAGCGGCCGUCCCAUCUGGAUGGAGAAGAUGGUCCUGGGUCGGGUCAAAGUCCCUCACACCUUCUCCGUCCACACCUACACCCGUCCCACCAUCUGCCAGUUCUGCAAACGUCUGCUGAAGGGCCUCUUCCGCCAGGGCAUGCAGUGCAAAGAUUGUAAAUUUAACUGCCAUAAGAGAUGUGCGGCCAAAGUACCUCGAGACUGCCUCGGUGAGGUCGACUUCAAUGGAGAACCAGCCAGUCCCAGCCUGGACUCUGAGGCGACGAUGGAGGUGGACAACUGUGACACCAACAGUGACGGCGGUCAGAGCAUGGACGAGCAGGACGACAAGCUCUUCUUUAUCGAGGGUCCCUGCACAGACAGCGAGAAGGAUGACGAGACGCUCAGAGCCAUAAGCCCGUGCACCAGCAGUAACAUCCCUCUGAUGAGAGUGGUUCAGUCCAUCAAGCACACCAAGAGGAAAAGCUCAACAGUGGUUAAAGAGGGAUGGAUGGUCCAUUAUACCAGCUACGACAACCUGAGGAAGAGGCAUUACUGGAGGCUGGACAGCAAGACUCUGACUCUGUUUCAGAAUGAAAGUGGAGCCAAGUUUUACAAGGAGAUCCCGCUGUCCGAGAUCCUUCAGGUCGAGCUGGCGCAGGACUUCGGCAGCCUGCCCCCAGGCAGCAACCCUCACUGCUUCGAGGUGAUCACGGCUAGCAUGGUGUACUACGUCGGGGAGGACAACGGCGGCCUGCACCACAAUCCGAUCCUGGCUGCAUCCGGCGUGGGGCGAGAUGUAGGCCAGAGCUGGGAGAAGGCCAUCCGACAGGCGAUGAUGCCUGUCACACCCAAGGCCAGCGUCGGCACCGGGCCCGGCCAGGGGAAGGACCACAAAGAGCUAUCUAUCAGCAUAUCAGUGUCCAACUCCCAGAUACAAGAAAAUGUGGAUAUCAGUUCAGUGUAUCAGAUCUUUGCUGAUGAGGUCCUGGGCUCCGGACAAUUUGGGAUUGUCUACGGAGGUAAACACAGAAAGACCGGCAGAGACGUGGCAAUCAAAAUCAUUGACAAAAUGAGGUUUCCCACCAAGCAGGAGAGCCAGCUGAGGAAUGAGGUGGCCAUUCUCCAGAACCUGCACCACCCGGGCAUCGUUAACCUGGAGUGCAUGUUUGAGACGCCUGAGCAGGUGUUCGUCGUCAUGGAGAAGCUUCAUGGAGACAUGUUGGAGAUGAUUUUAUCCAGCGAGAAGAGUCGGCUGCCAGAACGCCUCACCAAGUUCCUUGUCACACAGAUCCUGGUGGCCCUCAGACAUCUUCACUUCAAAAACAUCGUCCACUGUGACCUGAAGCCCGAAAACGUUCUCCUGGCUUCAGCUGAACCCUUCCCUCAGGUGAAGCUCUGUGACUUUGGCUUCGCUCGUAUCAUCGGGGAGAAGUCGUUCCGUCGCUCAGUGGUCGGCACUCCGGCCUAUUUGGCACCAGAGGUGCUUCGCAGCAAAGGCUACAACAGAUCUCUGGACAUGUGGUCAGUCGGCGUCAUCAUCUACGUUAGCCUGAGCGGGACAUUUCCCUUCAACGAGGACGAGGACAUCGAUGAUCAGAUCAAGAAUGCUGCCUUCAUGUACCCAUCCAACCCCUGGAAGGAGAUCUCAGAGCAGGCCACAGACCUCAUUAACAACCUGCUGCAGGUGAAGAUGAGGAAACGCUACAGCGUGGACAAGUCACUGAGCCACCCCUGGCUGCAGGAUUACCAGACCUGGCUGGACCUCAGGGAGUUCGAGACGCAGCGAGGCGAGCGCUACAUCACCCACGAGAGCGACGACGCCCGCUGGGAGGAAUACGCUGAUGAGAGAGGCCUGCACUGUCCCAAACACUUCAUCAUGUCGCCCAACCUGGACGACAUGGACGAAGAUCCCUAGUGGCCCCCGGAGAGUAAAACGCUUCCUACGAGGAAGCAGCAGAUCUGAGGAGUCCCACAACGGUCAACAGAGUCCAUGGAAACCGUCACCAUGGAGGCCGCGUGGUGUGUUCGUGGACAGCCAGGAGGCGACGGUCAGGCAGCUGUGUGACGACACUGACGAUAAUUCAGGUCCAGAGAAUUUUACUUUUAACACAUUUUCCUAUUUCAGUGCGUUUAUCUACAAGCCAUAACAAACUGUGAGCCAAAAUCUGGAGGGAUUUUUCUCCCAGAAUUCAACAUUCAAUAAAAUGUCUGUACUGCCAGCCAAGCUGCAGAAGGGCUACCUAAAAAAGAAAAUCCAGAGCCUUUAUAAAGUUUUUCAGUUAAAUUAGCAUAUUUUUAUGACGUCGCUAUUACAUUUUAGAUCUCAUAAAGCUGUGUAGAGUUUCUAUGUGACGCUAACUCAGAAGAAACAAACGUCUUGAUCUGACUGUAAUGUUUUGGUUGUUCCUUGUUGAGAUGUCUUUGCACUAUUGGGAAACUCUUUUAAAAGGAGAAUUUCACUGAUAAGGACUUUUGGUUUGUUUAUCUGCAAAAGCAUACUCCUUCCUAAUCUGUUACACUCAUCACACACCAGAGAACUACAUUACAUUACAUUAGUAGAUGAAUAAAAACUGUAUUUUUAGUGGGACAAUCAAGUUUUGUCAUGAAAGUGGUGUAGGGAGGGUUUGUCGUGUGUAUGGUGGCCUUCUGAGGACAUCUCAGGCUCAGCUUGUCAGGCUCAGCUCUUUGAAUGCUGAUGUUAUGCAACAGAAUAUUAGCAUACAGUUAGCAUGUUAACUAUUAAAUAUUAGUGGGAUUCAUUUUCAUUGUUGUGGUCAUUCAGAGUACAGAUCAAGCUAACUGGAGGUUGGGGAACUGAUACAGUUGUCACGCUAAUUUUAGCAUGCUAACGUGCAAAAUUUCAAUAUAUUAAAGCAGUGGCUCCCAACUGGUCCAGCCAUGGGGUCCAGAUUUCUCCUUAGUCAUUGUUCAAGGUCCACACAGAUUAAUAAUACUCAACGUCAUACUUGCGUUUUGCCAUUUAGUUGAGCUAGUUUGCUGUCUCUGUCAAGUAGGUGUCUGUUAGUAGCUCACUCUACAGCAGGAAACAGCACUUCAAAAUGAAAGCUCUGUACCAGAAAUUCACUGUACCUGAAAAUAAAGUGUGUUUUUUACGAACUUGAAACGUUCCGAGUCAUUAGCCGUCCAUUCAGAAUGGACCCAUGACCUGCUUUUGGACCAUGACCCACCAUUUUGGAACCACUGCGUUAACGGACAAUUCGGGUGUUUUAUGUCAUGCUAACUUUGCAUUCGCCAUCACCAAUGUAAAGAUUUGGGAGCCACAAUAAUCUGACAAAUACAAACAAAGGGUAUUGGGGGAACUAGUAUUAGCCUUUCUAUCUCAAUAAAACUUCAAUCAUACAUAAAAUAUUUUAAACUUUACUUGUCUCCGAGUCUCAGACAGAAGCCACCUAGCUAGCUAUCUGCAAACUUCUAAAACAAUUUGCCAGCUAACCUAACUCACAAAGUGAUGGUAUCAUGGUAAAGUACUCAAUGUUUGCCACUUACUUGUUAACCAGGUAGAAUCAUAUAACAUUUAGCAUUUUGGCUUGCUAGCAUGCUCACUAAACCCUGUUAAAAAUUGUGGUAAGUUGGUAUUCAUUAUUAGUUUCAGAGAUGUUUAUUAAGUGAUGAGAUUUGAAUCUAUUUCAAACAGGAGUGUUUAGACUAAGAACUCAGGAACUCUGUUAACAUUAUCAAGUUUAUUCUACAAUCAUACUUUUGCAGAUAAACAAAUUUUAGAGUUAUUUUCAGAGUGAUUCUCUCUGAAACUUUUUGGAAGAUGACAGGCUGAGAAUCGAGCUGCUAUUGUCUUUCUUUGUCUUUCUGUGGAAACCUGCCUGAGAAACUGAACUGUAGUGAUUCUGUUAGUGAUCCCGAAUCUACUCCAGCCUGAGAAUUUAUUUCACACGUUUUAUAUUUUUGCAAGAAAUGUUUGUGUCAUGUGAAUCAUUAUGAUGAGAAAAAUAUUAAAGCUGUAUGGUUUACUCUGCAAACAUUUUAUUUACCAUCCUCAUUAUACAGCUGGUGACCUUGAGUAGCAUUUAGAGGGCUUA